AUGGCCGGCAUGAUGGGCCUUAAAAAGAAGAAAAACAUUAUAAUUUUGACAUUGUGCAUGGUCAUAUGUUUCAUACUUUAUCAGUUGUAUUUUUUCUUAACCAUAACUUCUGAGACCGGUAACACGAACAGAGUUGUCCCAGUUUUGAAUUUAGUGCAUGAGAGGAAAGCAGAUUCGUUCACGCACUUGCGAUCUGAGGAGGAUAAGUUCAUAAAUACAAAUGGCAUUAUACAUGGUGUCUUAUAUUCUCAAAUGGCGAAAUAUAGACCAGAUCACCUAAAUGAAUUCAAAUGUUUAAAAUCUGAUCAGAAAAUUCCUUUUGAGCAGGUAAAUGAUGAUUACUGUGACUGCGAGGAUGGGACAGAUGAGCCGAGCACAAAUGCCUGUGUAAACGGAACAUUUUACUGUGAGACACAGUAUAGGAAGAAGCCGGUAACAUUUAAUGUUAUACCGUCUGGUCAAGUAAACGAUGGCAUUUGUGACUGCUGCGAUGGCUCAGAUGAAUGGAGAACGGACUUAUUCAAGAAACUAUUAUCGCAAAGUUCAUCAAAGUUUUAUAGAUAUUUUGUAACAAAAUGCCCUAAUAUUUGUUAG